CCGUAACCAUAUAUCUGACGCCAUAUAACCGUAAAUAAAAUGUGUCGAGUGCGUCAUUUCCUUCCUUCCUUCCUUACAACAUAAUGCGGUGAGCGCUGCACGUGACUCGAGCUAACAUUUGACCUGUGGUAUUGUACAUGUAGGCCCUAUGACGUUGUUCAGUAAACACUUCACUGUUCUAGACACACUCCAGCUAUCUGACACAAUAUACAGACGUGUCGAGGAACACCUGCCGGGCAUGUCUGUCCAGGACACAGGGAUAGAGUUACGUUCACACUUGCCGACUCUAAUCGAUUCUUUAGAGCUGAUCUUGCGACAUGUCUGGUUCCGCCACUGACAAAUACGGCUGGGUCGUCGUGGCAGCGUCCUUCUGUUGUAUGUUCCUCAACACAGGGAUCAACUAUGCGGUUGGGGUGCUCCAUCUAGGAUUGGUGGAAACAUACCCGGAAGACGAGCAUCUAGUCGUAUGGCUUAGCUCUCUCUUCGGCGCUAUGUUCGCUCUCAGUGGUCCUGUUAGCAGCCUCGUUAUCAACUUUUAUGAUUGUCGGACAUGCGCAGUGGCCGCAGGUGUGCUUGGGAUGCUGGGAUUCGCAAUGAGCUACUUUGUGACCAGUCUUUCGUGGCUUUUUGUGACAUACGGCCUCACUGUUGGUCUGGGACACGGUCUGUCAUACUCUGCCUCCACUGUCAUUCUCGGAUACUACUUCUCCAAGGACACAGCUUUGGCCGUCGGCAUAGUAAUGACCGGUGUUGGACUUGCAAUGUUUGUCCACCCGCCUCUGACCAGUCUACUGAUGACGUCAUAUGGACUUCGCAGGACAUUCCUUAUCUUGGGAGGAAUCACCUUCCAAAGCUGUGUUUUUGGGAUGUUAAUGCGGCCAUCGAAAUACGAACGUGGCCGCCAUCUUGUAUUACUGAGCGGCCGUGACAGAAGGCAAACUGUUUUACAGAUCAUCUGCGGCGGUGACGUCACUCAAUUUGGAGCAAUCACAAGAAACAUUCCGUUCGUUUUUUUACUCGUCAGCGUCCUAACAUUCUCCAUAGCGCUGACGUCACUGUACCUCUUUCUUCCGGACUAUUUUGUUCAAAGUGGAGCGUCACACCAAGUUGCGUCGUUCACCGUCUCCAUGUCUGGAAUAGGGUCAGUGAUAUCUAGAAUUGUGACUGGUUUCGCUGCCAAUGACCCGCAGAUCGGGUGUGUUCUGUUGCUGGCCGGUCUGGUCGGGGUCAGCGGCGUGGUCACUGCCUGCAUCAGCCUUUUCAGUACCACGGUUCCGGGUCAACUGACAUUCGGCUUCCUGCUCGGAUUGUACACUGGCGGCGUCUGGGUGGUGUUGGUGCCGGUUGUUAUCAGAAUCAUCGGCGUGGAGCUGCUGUCUAGCGGAUACGGAUUGGUGAUGCUCGUUGUGGGCAUCGGCUGUCUUGUGGGUCCGUCAUUGUCAGGACUUGUUUUGAAAGUCAGCGAUCAGUACGUCAGUGUAUUUCUCUUUUGUGCUGUAUUGUGUUUCACGUCAAGCAUUGUUUGUUUCCUCACAUCUCUGCCAAACUCCACACGUCAUACAGAGUCUGACGUGCACGGUGUUGAGACAUCUCACCAUGACCUUCACCUUGACAAAACGUAUCUGAGCGACAACCACGUCUGUAAUAGUGAUCCAGAACAGGAACACCUGAUGCUGCAACGACGAUCAAACAUAGUGACUGUAGAUGACCAAGAUAGUGACUGUAGAUGACCACGAUAGUGACUGUAGAUAACCAAGAUAGUGACUGUAGAUCACGAAGAUAGUGACUGUAGAUCACCAAGAUAGUGACUGCAGUUAACCAAUAAAAUGACUAUAGAUAACCAAGAUAGUGAUAGUGAACGUAGAUUACUAAGAUAAUGACCGUAGAUCACCAAGAUACUGACUGCAGUUAACCAAUAAAAUGACUAUAGAUAACCAAGAUAGUGAUAGUGAACGUGGAUGACUAAGAUAGUGACUGCAGAUAAACAAGAUAGUGACGCAGAUAACCAAAUUAGUGACUGCAGAUAACCAAGAUAGUGACUGCAGUUAACGAAUAAAAUGACUAUAGAUUUCCAAGAUAGUGAUAGUGAACGUAGAUUACUAAGAUAGUGACUGCAGAUAAACAAGAUAGUGACUGCAGAUAACCAAGAUAGUGACUGCAGUUAAUCAAUAAAAUGACUAUAGAUAAUCAAGAUAGUGAUAGUGAACGUAGAUUACUAAGAUAAUGACUGUAGAUCACCAAGAUAGUGACUGCAGUUAACCAAUAAAAUGAUUAUAGAUAACCAAGAUAGUGAUAGUGAACGUAGAUUACUAAGAUAGUGACUGCAGAUAAACAAAAUAGUGACGGUAGAUAACCAAAUUAGUGACGUCAGAUAACCAAGAUAGUGACUGCAGAUAACCAAGAUAGUGACUGUAGAUAACCAAAAUAGUGACCGUAGAUCACCAAGAUAGUGACUGCAGAUAACCAAGAUAGUGACUGUAGAUAACACAAGAUAGUGACUGCAGAUAACCGAGAUAGUGACUGCAGAUAACCGAGAUAGUGACUGUAGAUCACCAAAAUAGUAACUGCAAAUAACCAAGAUGGUGAUUGCAGAUAACCACGAUAGUGACUACAGAUAACCUAGAUAGUGACUGUAGAUAACCUAGAUAGUGACUGUAGAUAACCAAGAUAGUGACUGCAGAUAACCAAGAUAGUGACUGCAGAUAACCAAGACAGUGACUUUUGAUAAUCAGCGUUUGUGGGAGAUUUAGUGACAUUCCUGGUCAUUAAUUCAUAGUUACUUUCGUGCUUAUAUGCAAUCACGUUGUACUGUCUGGGCUGUCUGGCUGUCUGGCUGUCUGUAGUUCAAUUACACCUACCCACAGAAUCGUUAAAACUGACUCUCGGGGGGGGGGGGGGGGGGCGGUACCGGGAUGUGAACCCAGUUCCUACUAUUAAAAUCUUGAGUUUAGACUAAAAGUAUGGCUCAGUUGUAGAGUCAUGGCCUGAGGUGUGAUGGGUCCCAGGAUCGAUCACUCUCUAUGGACUCGUUCUUUGUCUAUUUCCCAAACAGUGACACACGAUUGGUACAUCAAAUGUUAUGGUAUCAGCUGUCCUGUCUGAGGGAAGGUCUCUGUGUGUAUCUCUCUCUCUCUCUCUCUCUCUCUCUCUCUCUCUCUCUCUCUCUCUCUCUCUCUCUCUCUCUCUCUCUCUCUCUCUCUCUCUCUCUCUCUCUCUGUGUGUGUGUGUGUGUGAAGUGUCAAAAUAGCCUUAUGUACACCAUUAUCACCAAAGUAUAAAAUGUGCUGGAUAAGUCAUUUAACACACACUCCUUUCUUCCAAGAAGGUGGGAGGAAUAUUCUUGAUGAAAUCCCUUGAUAUGUUGGUUCUCGGUACUCCCUUGAAUCUGUGAUACCCUCUCAUCAUUAUCACCAUCAUCAGUUGUCGUUGUUAUCAUCAUCAUCAGGUCAUCACUAUCACCACUAGUGUCACCGUCAUCAUCAUCAUCAGCAGCAUCAUCAUUAGGUCAUCGCCAUCACCACCAGUGUCGUCAUCAUCAUCAGGUCAUCACCAUCACUACCAGUGUCGUCAUCAUCAUCAGGUCAUCACUAUCACC